AUGCCACAUGCCGGAGGAGACGACUCAAAAGAGCACAAAUAUGAUGUUGAAUUCUCCGCGCAGCCAUCACCUCCCACCGAGGACACGGGAUAUCCCGAGGGAGGAUGGAAAGCUUGGUCUGUUGUACUCGGGGCUUGGUGCGCCAUGAUCCCCGCAAUGGGUUUAUUGAAUACCCUCGGUGUUUUACAUGCCUGGGUCCAAUUGCAUCAACUAAAGGACUACUCUGCAUCGAGCAUUGGGUGGAUUUUUGGAGCCUAUGGCUUCUUUCUCUGUGCCGGGGGUGCCCAAGCUGGUCCUAUUCUCGAUGCUUAUGGUCCGUGCUAUGUCGUUGUACCGGGCUCUGUGGGCAUCGUUGCAUCCAUGAUAUGCUUGAGCUUCAGUGAGGAAUACUACCAGAUCUUUUUGUCGUUUAGUGUGCUAGGUGGACUAUCUGCCUGCACACUAUUUACGCCCUCAAUCUCAGCAGUCGGACACUGGUUCAACGUCCGUCGAGGCUUCGCUACUGGCAUUGCAUGCACCGCGGGCGGAAUCGGAGGCGUGAUCUUCUCUCUAAUCAUUCUCUUCGCCGCGCCUAAGAUCGGCUUCGCGUGGGCUAUCCGCAUCAUCGCACUCAUUUCAGCAGUAAUGUGUACGGCCGCCUGUCUUCUGCUCAAAACCAGAUUACCCGGUAAUCUAAAGGCGGGCGCAUCCAUCGAUUUCAGGGCUCUCAUGCAUCCCGCAUAUGCAUCUACGACUGUCGCGGUUUUCUUGGUUGAGUUUGCGGUGUUUAUACCAUACACUUACAUUGCGUCUUAUGCUGUGGAUGUCGGUGUUGGGAAUCAAAUGUCGUACCUAAUGAUUGUUUUCUUGAAUGUCGGUGCUAUUCCCGGUCGCUUCUUGCCCGGGAUUAUUGCGGACAAAAUCGGCCGGUUUAAUGUGAUGGCUUUGACUUCCAUUAUAUGUGCGAUCUUGACAUUGACACUAUGGCUGAAGGCAAGUGAUAAUCUGGCUGCGAUCAUUUGCUAUACUGUUUUCUUUGGAUUCUGGAGUGGGGCUGCCAUCAGCUUGACGCCGGUGUGCAUUUCUCAGGUCUGUGCCACUGAGGAUAUUGGUAAAAGAAUGGGAACUACUUUCACGAUCAGUAGCAUUGGCACUCUUACUGGUAUUCCCAUUGCAGGCGUGAUCCAACAACGGGAUGGAGGCGAGUAUGGAGGGUUGAUCAUCUUCGGCGGAGUGCUUUAUCUUGCCGCAGCUAUCGCUUUCGUGUUGGCAAGGGGCGUGUGUCGAGGAUGGUCUCUGAAGACAAAGUUCUAA